AUGGUGAUCCUAAGCGGCGACGUGCUUCUCAUCAUCUUAGACUUCCUCAAAGCGCAAGACGACCACAACACACUUUUUCAAUGCGCUCUGGUAUCCAGAUGGCUUGCAGAGCCAGCCCUAGCAAUACUGUAUCAGCUAUAUGACUCGUCUCCUGCCUUUGGUGGCGGCGCAGAAGAUGAAUCGUUCAGACCGCGUGUCCUUGAUUUCUCCAGGGCGCCAUCAUUGAGCACGAUACCCAGAAACGUUGCAGAAUCAGCUGCAACGUUCCGCAAAUGGAUACUCAUGUGGCGGUCUAUUAUACUAUCAACUUCAGAUGGGAAAACAUUCUUACCGUAUUGCGAUUAUAUCAGAUACUUGGACUUGGAUGAUUUUAGAGAACUUUUGACCCAUACCAGAUUCAAGGGCCAUAUACGAGAUGAGUUCUUUGCUAGCGGAAUUAGUGAUCUAAUUUAUCAAGAUUACGAGAGCAAGGGUCAUAAAAGACUUCGGUCUUCAAAACAAGAUUUCACCAACAUCUCUUGGCUCAUUCAGAGAGUUGGGACACUUAUAACAGAUAGAGCACAUAUGAUCAGGGAACUAAGAGGCAAUAUAUCUGGAAACGCUCUGAAGCAAUGGGCUAUACAUUUGCCCAGGUUACAGACUCUAUAUAUUUGGAAUGGGGCUUCCUUUGAUGAAAGAGCCGACGAAGAAAUCCGAGAGCACUGCCCGGAUUUCAAAAGUCUUUCAGUUUUCAGAUGGUUGGAUCAACACGGUUUCCAAGCCGAUGCCCAAGCUGAACGCGUUCUAAGCAGUUUACGUCCUAACUCAUUGGAAACAUUUGAGGUUAUUAGUCUGUCAUUCAUUGGACCACGGACUAUCCUCGCUUUGGGAUCCCAUCUCGACUCACUUACGAAGUUGGUAUUGACUAAUCUAUCUAUUGAAGCUAUUGCUCACCUUCCAACCCUUGGUCCACCUAAAGCUUUGAAGAGACUCGUAUUGACAGAUUCUCAACCUACUGCCCGCGAUGACUCAUUCAACGAGACUCUCGCAGCUGUUGCUGGAUGGAUGAGUCAGUGUGAAAACUUGCGCCAUUUGCAACUUCGAGAUUUCAUGGGCAUGGAUGACAUGAGUCUUCUUGCCAAAGUGCUUGUCGACGACAGAAUACGUCUUGAAACACUGCAAAUGCGAUGCUAUUUCACUGAGAACAAUGAGGAUUUUCACCACGCACUAUCCCUCCAAGCCGAGUCUCUACGAUCCCUAAUCCUUCAACGAAAGCGGCAUGCUGUUGUUCAAAACGAGGCAAGUCUGCUACAAGCGAUCUGCAAAUUGACCGAACUUCGCGAGCUGGAUCUCAAAGAAGUCUCCGAUUUCUAUACAGCAGGCCAUGUCAUGGCCAUGAUGCCGUAUUUGACGAAACUAGAACGUUUCUCAGUCAGUGGGCUAGGCUUUGAUGAUGAUCUCUGGCCAUCUUUUCUGACACUGGCAAACCUUCGCUUCCUUGCAAUUCAUGCUUAUAGUAAAUUUACCGCAGAGGGAAUUCUCGAUUUUGUUUCACAGCUCGGGCCGAACAACAGCGGGUUUCAUUUGAUUAUAACAAGUGCGGUAGCCGACAGCGCUAUUCCUCCUGAUGCGCAGAACGUCAUUAGUGAUGCUCUUGCGCAGAAUGUAGGAGGAGCUUUUGAUUACGAAGUAAUAAUAGAAUCGGAUUCCGAGGACGAUUUUGUUUCGGACUAG